AUGAGCAGACUCACCCAAACUCCGCCUCUCAUCAGUAUCCGACCGAGUCGUAUCCUGCAAGUGGAGCGACAUGUUGAUGAUCCCAUUUUACCACAGCGGGAAAACAAGCAAAUACGAUUAGCCUUGUCAUUCUUGGACACUUUUGCACGACUAGAGUUUAUAUUGUCCAAAGUCGACCGGCUUGAAAAAUGGCAGCUGCAGGGGAACUUGAAGGACGCCACCGGACUGAUGGAGCAUUUACAAACACUGGCAGAGGAACUUGUGAUUACGAUCCAGUCACUGUGGAACCAAUGCGCGGAUAAAGAGCAACUCGUCGAAACACUUGAUUUGAAAAGGCUUUAUCCUCGUGGAUGCCACUAUCUUUUGUUAUCAAACAAACAUCAAGAUCUGACGUCAACCACUGAUGUGCAAGCACAUUAUUUUCAUAUGGCAUUGUUGAAUCAAAUUUAUGCAACGGCUUUUCAAGUUCUCCAAGGUUUAAACCUAAAAAACCACAAGUACAUCCCUUACCAGUUGGCGCUUUUAUAUCAAUGUGUUAAUCAGCAGGAGGUCAAGUACCAGGCUUACGCUUUGCGUAUUGAAGAGCAAUUCAGUGAAAUCAAAUCGCAUACAAAACGUCAUGACGUUCCCUUGCUGACAGAAUUUCACAUUACAUGGUUACAAAAGCUUGCACAAGACAUCAUUGAGCAAGUCAUGCAAGAGAUACAAACUGGCAGUACUACCAAGAUGGGCGAGGUAGCUCAAAAACUAGUUAGACUCAAUAAAGAAUAA